CCAGUGACCCGACAGGCUGUCACCGCGCAGCCCGUCACUCCACGGGGUCUCCGGACACGGGCACGAAGCUGGUCUCCGCUCGGAUGGAUGCAUUGGUCGUCUUUGCAGUGUCAUCCUCACCCAAUCUCCACUGUGGAGAGGUCAUCAGUAAACACCCCCUGUCAUCCGUGGUGGACCACUCCAAUAACAAAAUAAAGAGUAGACACCCGAACUCUUUGCUAAAGCUAAUGGACCUCCACACCAUAUCUUCAUCACGUGGUGGUGUCUUGCCUCGGACCGGACUCCAGGUUCGCCUGCCGUCUCUCACUUUCAGCGCAUCAACCCCCAGCGAACAAGCCAUCCAUACCCAGGUCAUUCAGGGUUCCCGAGCGCCGUCCCAUAUUUUGGUGUUGGCUGAUUCUCAUGGCAUCCUGCACCAUCGUAGGCAGUGGUGUAGUCUGCUUAGGUCCGAGCCCCGCGACCCGUGUCCGGCCACGCCGCCAACGGACCUCGGAGCUCGGAGUCGUCACUGUGUUGUCACCAAAUUUCUCGCUAACCAAGCUGGUAAGUAAACCUGAUCCAUAUGGACUGAUGUUGACUCGAUGAUGGCCAACUCCGGAUUCGGUUCUCAGAAGUCUCUAACCAUU